GCAGGGCUGCAAAAGCAUGCACAGAACAACGUCUCUCUCAAAUACUGGGAUUUGUCCUAGGGAGAGGACAUAUAUCUGAACCACAGAGGUGAAAAAGGCUCAUCUUGACCAUGAAGCUAUCUUUUGUUGUGGUGUUCGCCUUCUUCCUCCCGCUCAUCAGGGCUCAGGUGCCCCACUGGGGACCUUGUCCAGAACCAGCCGUUCAAGAGGCCUUCAACCUUCGACAGUUCAUGGGGAGAUGGUUUGAAAUUGCCAAACUGCCGGCCCAGUUUGAGAAGGGCCGGUGCAUCGAAACCAAUUUCACUUUGACCACAGACAACUCCAUUCGCGUGGUCAGCUCUGAAAUACUAAAAGGAGAGCUGAGGAAAAUCGUAGGGACUGGAGUCAUAGAGGAUCUGAAGAAUCCGGCCAAGCUGGCAAUAAGUUAUUCCUACGUCCUGCCCUACUCCCCGUACUGGAUCCUGUCCACUGACUACGUGAACACAGCCCUGGUCUACUCCUGCACCGACGUGCUGAGGCUCUUCCACGUGGACUUUGCCUGGAUCCUGAGCCGAACACGAACCCUGCCGGAUGCCACCGUCCAGAAAGCCAUGCAGAUCUUCGCCAAUAACAACAUCGACGUCAGCAGGAUGACUCCCAGCAGGCAGCAGGGCUGUGACAAAACUGUCUGAGGGGCACAAGAUGACAGACAGGAGAAUUAAUUGUGGAAGGAUGAUUUAACUUCUGUUAAGAAUAAUCUUUGACUAAUAUUUAGAUGAUUAUGAUCAGGGAUGUAGUGGAGAGUAGAUUAGACUCAGUUACUCUGUUUGUUGAAGUGCAGAACAGAUUUAUUCAGCUCAUCUUUUCAGACAAUAACAAUGUUUACAGCACAAAAUAACAGCAUGCACAUUAUAGACUGAAGUGAGGAUGUUUUAAGUAUAACAGCAUAAACGAAGUCAUACCCAUCAUAUUUGCUGAAUCGUAUUAGAAUCAAAUGAUGUAGAUUAAAUCUGAUGUUUGUGUCAAAACUGAAAAGAUAAAGCUUUCAAUUAGUCAAUAAAAGUCUGUGAAAUGUACUUAAUGUGUCAAGAAGUAUUGUAUGAAACAUGAAUGGCAAUGGUUUUAAUUGUGUAUGAAAGAAACAAAAUUAAAAGUGCAGUACAUUAAUUGCACACUUUACAACA